AUGGCCAGCUUCGCGUCCCAGCUCCUGGACGUGUUCUACGACCUCGUCCAGCGCGUCACCGGUUACAGCGCCCGCGCCGAGGACGACAAGGACCUACAGAAGCACAGCAAGUUGGCAACUACGGAGGUUUUUCGGACGGAGGAAGUUGUCGAGAUCAGGUCCAGAAAUCACCCGGUUGUAUCAGGAGGGUCAGGCGGGCAGGUCAACAUGGAUGGUAUGUAG